UAAAUUUUAAAUUAUGUGAAACCUCAUACUGGAUAUUUAUAUUUUCUUUGUAGAAUGAUUAUUGAAUUAAUUGAAUUGAAUUGAAUUGAAUUGAAUCUACCAUUUCCAAUUUCCAUAUUAGAAAUUAUACCUACAUGGGCAAAUAACCGUUUAUUAUUUAUAUUCAAGACAAAAUAUAAACAAACACAAUCUUGAAUGGUGGUCAAAAGACCUAGAAAGGCUAACAAAAGCCAAAAAGCAUGGAAAACAUGAGAAGCUGCUGACAGAAGAAACUAAAUACAUAGUUCAAAUCCUUCAAAUCUUAAUUAUUAUUAUCAGAUAAGAUAUUAUAACAUGAAAUCGUCCAUAGUUUAUUUCAAUACCUAUACCUAUAUGAAAUAUUUACUUGAUAACCUUGUUAUAGUGUGUUUUGCGAAAUGUGACUCUAGAGGGGGUCUGAUAAUAAUUUCAAAAUUAAACGAUAAACUGUAGUUCCUACAUCACUGACACGAUAUAGGAUACUAGAUAAAUAGUACUAUUAUCAAUUCUAUUUUGAAAUCAAGCCCAAGUUUUAAAUGAUAGUGGUUAUAAUUAUUAACUUGUAAAUUCCGGUACCAGUCACUUUGUACGUCAGAAGGAGACCCAGCAGUACUGAUAAGUGAAAAACAAGUUUCGAAAUUCAGAAGAUAAAAGCGAAAUCGUCUUUUGAGGGUGUUGCUUUUAAAUCAGUCGAAAGGUCUCCGACGACGCUGAAACGGGAUCAAUCAUUCAUCAUUCUCAUUUUAGUGGUAGACCUCGUAGUGUACGCAUCAUGGCAACAGUUGCAAGACAGGUACUCAAAAGUUCCAAACAAAUUGGCAUCAGAAACUUCUUUGUUUCGGCCAAAAAUUGCCAAGUCGCUGGUAACAACUUACCCUUAACUUGUUUAUCUGAAGAUGAAAAAGCUAUGCAAGAAACAGUGGGUAGACUAUCGAAAGAACAAAUUCUACCUCAUGUGAAGCAAAUGGAAACCGAAAAGAAAAUCACAAAACCUGUUCUUGAAUUACUUUUCCAAAAUGGGCUGAUGGGUAUCCAUACUCCAGCAGAAUACAACGGCUCAGACUGCAACUUUUUAACAGCAGUUCUAAUCGUAGAAGAGUUAUCGAAAGUAGACGCCUCUGUGGCAGCCCUUGUAGAUAUCCAUAACACUUUGGUGAAUUCCGUAUUUACCAAUUACGGAAACAAAGAGCAAAAGGACAAGUACCUUACCAGACUUUGCACAGAUAUGGUGGGAAGUUUCGCUCUCACAGAGCCAUCUUCAGGAAGUGAUGCGUUUGCUUUGAAAACUACUGCAAAAAAAGUCGGAAACGAUUAUGUUUUAAAUGGAUCGAAAAUGUGGAUUUCUAAUUCGGAUUUGGCUGGUGUUUUCUUGAUUAUGGCUAAUGUGGAUACUUCAAAGGGCUACAGAGGCAUUACAUGCUUCAUUGUAGACAGAGAUACACCUGGAUUUACAAUAAAUAAACCAGAAGAAAAACUUGGUAUUGUUGCAUCUGGUACUUGCAUGUUGACUUUGGAAGAUGUGAAAAUUCCCGCCACCAAUAUAGUUGGAGAAGUUGGACAAGGAUACAAAAUAGCCAUUGAAAUAUUGAAUGAAGGCAGAAUAGGUAUAGCUGCACAAAUGUUAGGAAUAGCACAAGGAUGUUUCGAUGCCACCAUACCAUACACUUUGGAAAGAAAACAGUUCGGAAAAUCAAUUUUCAGUUUUCAGGGAAUGCAACAUCAAAUUGCUCAAAUCGCCACACAAAUUGAAAGCGCUCGAUUGCUGACGUACAAUGCUGCAAGAUUGAUGGAACAAGGAGUUCCUUAUAUUAAAGAAGCAGCUAUGGCUAAAUUUUUUGCUUCCGAAGUUGCCCAACAGGCCACAGUUAAAUGUAUCGAUUGGAUGGGAGGUGUAGGAUUUACCAAAGAUUUCCCACAAGAGAAAUUCUAUAGGGAUUGCAAAAUUGGAAGUAUUUAUGAAGGCACAAGCAACAUACAGUUGAACACAAUAGCGAAAUUCAUCCACAAACAAUUCAGUCAAUAAGAGAAAAACCUUUAAAAAUUUUACCUAAUUAAUUUUGUGAUAUAUUUUUUUAUCUGUCCGUGUGUUGUACUUUACAUCAUUAUUUUUUGUAUUAAAUGUUGAUAAUAGUUAUUACUUCAUAAGAGAACAUAUUUUUUAAAAUAAACUAAUUAUAUUUCAAAUUUUAGUUG